CUGGAAGGCUUCUCUUUUUUUCUGCAGAUAGAGCUGUUCGAGUUUAAGGGGGAGGAUCUCACAGAUGAUGAAGAUGGUGGAAUAAUCCGAAGAAUCCAUAAGAAGGGGGAAGGCUACUCCAAACCCAAUGAAGGAGCCCUUGUAGAGAUCCAGCUAGAAGGUAGACAUGGAGAGCGAGUUUUUGACAAGCGGGAAUUGCGGUUUGAGAUUGGAGAAGGAGAAAACCAUGAUCUCCCUCCUGGCCUGGAGAAGGCAAUUCAGCGAAUGGAGAAAUUGGAAGAAUCCAUUAUUUAUCUCAAGCCCAGCUAUGGUUUUGGGAGUGCUGGGAAAGAGAAGUUUCAGAUCCCUGCAGAUGCAGAACUGCAAUAUGAAGUGAAACUCAAAAGCUUUGAAAAGGCUAAGGAAUCCUGGGAGAUGAACACUGAUGAGAAGCUAGAACAAAGCUCCAUUGUGAAGGAGAGAGGCACUCAGUACUUUAAGGAAGGGAAAUACAAGCAGGCAACACUACAGUACAAGAAGAUUGUUUCAUGGCUGGAGCAUGAAUCAGGGCUUUCUGAAGAGGAUGAUGCGAAAGCCAAAACCUUGAAGCUUGCUGCCCACCUUAAUCUGGCCAUGUGCCAUCUGAAGCUGAAGGAGUACUCCCAGGCUUUGGAAAACUGCAACAAGGCACUUGAGUUGGAUAGCAGCAAUGAGAAAGGUCUCUUUCGGCGUGGGGAAGCCCAUCUGGCUGUCAAUGACUUUGAAUUGGCCCGAGCAGAUUUCCAGAAGGUGAUACAACUCUACCCAAGCAACAAAGCAGCCAAAGUGCAGCUAGUAACCUGUCAGCAGAAGAUCCGGGAGCAGCAUGAAAAAGAGAAAAAGAUGUAUGCCAACAUGUUCCAGAGGCUUGCUGACAAGGACUCUAAGUCAGAAGCUGACACUCUCCAGACAAGUGGCAGCCAUACCACAGAUGCAGACAUGAAAGACCAAGAACAGAAUGGAGUUGAAGAUAAAUCAGAAGUUGACACAGAGGCAUAAAAACAAACCUGGUUCCAUUAGUUUUGUAAACUGAAGAAUUUCCAGUGAAUUAGACCUUUAUUUUUCUAUCUGGUUGGACAGCGGCUUCAGGGGAGCAGAGGCUGGGGCCACAGUGCCAUGGUCGGUUACAGCUGUGCGUGUCUGUGGAGGAAGCUCGGUGGCUGCACGCAUCUGGUAUACUCUUAGGGACUUUAUUUAUUCAUUCUGGCUCAGUUAUUGUUGGAGGUUCUGUCCAGAUUCCUUCCGUUUUGUUUAAUUUCAUUCUGCCAUUGGUGUGUCUCUUUGUCCUCCAUCCUAUUCCAGCUCAUUCUGAUCCCAGGUUUUGCUUCCUAAACAGUUUCCUUGAUUUUUACGUACUCCCCAGGCGUCCUCACAUGAGACUUCAGAACAAAUUGCUGCACCCAAUUCUUCCGCCUCAGCCUUGCCCCUUGCUGUUUCCUCUGUUAAGCAGAGACCCCUCCCCCAUGAGUAAGUGUUGUAACCUUCCUUGUAUGCCUGUUCUUUGCACAUUGCUGAAGGUGAAGACUGUGAAGUCAAAGCUUGAAUAAUAAAGCUCCAGAUAAACUCCAAAA